AUGUCUUCACUCACAAAUGAGUUCAAUCCUUAUGGUGACUAUACCAUGAACUAUGGUGGUUUUGUUCCCAUCCAAAUGAACCCAAAUGAGUCUCAAACGGUUCGAACAACGUUCGUUCCUUCUGUAAACACAAGCCGUCCCAAUAUGGUUUCUCCAUCUCCAUCUUUUACUUCUUCCUAUCAUGAUUCCCAAGUCUCUUCACCUUCCUUGAGAGCCAACAAUCCACGUGUGGCUUACCCGAUGCGAAGCAACAUGGUUCCUGCUGUGGGAACGCCUUGCAUGCCUCUAAUCUCAGGUUUUGUUCACUCUCAGUUUUCUCCGGUUUUGAUCACUCAAACUCAAACCCGUUUCACCAAAAGAACUUUCACAAAAAGGUAUCAUGCUACUGUUGUUCCGACCAAUCAUAUGGUCACUGUCCAGAAUGGUAAUGAACGUGUCGAGCGUGUCAUGACUUCCCAAUCCCAACCAACCAUAUCGAAUCCUAGAUUUUCCCAUUCACAUAUCACACAUGUUUGUGGUAAAGAGUGCUUACCAAUUUACCCUGAACCUAUCGAUUUCAUAGUUUCAGAACAAGUCCCUACAGGUCUUCAGAAUUUAGACCUACGUGACUUGUCGCCAAACCAUCGUCGUCAUGAGCAAUAUGUUCACGAAGUUGGUCGGCCGGUGAAGAAAUUCCGUAACUCUACUGAGUUCCCUGGUUUUGCUGAUUACAAGGAAGAUGAUGGAAACGCGGGGCGGGCACGUGGCUUGCCAAAUGAAAAUUACGGUUCUAAUACAUGUCCGAUGUGCAAACAAUUAUUUGGUACUUCACAAAUAUUGGCCGCACGUAUGGAGUCAGCUCGUGGUAGAAAUGAGACUAAUGAGGGAACAAACAGAGGACUUUGUGCAAGAACUAAAAAAAGUUAUCGUAACCCAAAUUUUCAAACAGUCCAUGGUUUUUCUCCUCAGAUCAGUCCAGAGGCCAAAGUUGCAGAAGAGAAGCUGUCGCAACAGAGGGGAAAUAAGUGA